AUGAAGACCCACAACAGUGGUAACCGUUAUAAGAGCCAAGCAUCUUUGAACUUUGAUAAUGGGAAGAUAAGAGUUAUUGCUCAUAAGAUUCUUGACAGAAUUCCUGAUGGGAGGCAGCAGGUAGAUUGGCAAGAGGACUGGAGGAAGAAGAAAGCCUAUGUGACAGACCAUAUAUGGCGAGAAGCACCUUAUAAAUGGUAUUGGAUGCUUGUAGGAUGCGACAUCCUCAUCAUUUACAGCUCGGAUGCCGAGGAAUGGUGCCAGUACCUCCAGGACCUUUUCCUGUCCAGUUGGCAGGUCCAUAGCCAGAAGAUGCUGACUUACAGGCUGGGCCCCAAGACCUCCUUCUCAGCCGAGGACCUGAGCUUCUUUCUCCGCACACGCUGCAUCGUGGUGCUGCUGUCUGCGGAGCUGGUGCAGUGCUUCUGCCAGCCGGCCCUGCUGCCCCUGCUGCAGAGAGCCUUCCAUCCUCCACACCGCGUGGUGCGCCUGCUCUGCGGGGUGCAGGACAGCGAGGAGUUUCUGGACUUCUUUCCAGACUGGGCACACUGGCAGGAGCUCACCUGUGACGAUGAGCCUGAGACUUACGUGGCAGCUGUGAGGAAGGCCAUUUCUGAAGAUUCUGGCUGCGACUCAGUCACUGACACUGAGACCGAGGACGAGAAGGUCCUUCCCUACUCGGAGCAGCAGAGCCUGCCCCUGAAGACUUCACCCGGGAACCUGAUGGUGGUGCAGCCGGACCGCAUCCGCUGUGGGGCAGAAACCACUGUCUACGUCAUUGUGAGAUGUAAGCUGGAUGAGAGGGUGAAAACAGAAGCCGAAUUUUCUCCUGAGGAUUCUCCCUCAAUAACGGUGGAUGCCAAGCUGGAGAAUGAGUACACCGUUUCCAUGAAAGCUCCCAACCUAUCAUCUGGGAAUGUUUCUCUGAAGAUAUAUUCUGGGGAUUUAGUGGUGUGCGAAACCAUUAUCAGCUAUUAUACUGACAUGGAGGAAAUUGGGAAUUUAUUGUCCAAUGCUGCAAAUCCUGUGGAGUUCAUGUGUCAGGCCUUUAAAAUUGUGCCCUACAACACAGAGACCCUUGAUAAACUGCUAACAGAGUCCCUAAAGAACAACAUCCCUGCAAGUGGGCUGCACCUCUUUGGAAUCAGCCAGCUGGAAGAAGAAGAUAUGAUGACAAAUCAGAGGGAUGAAGAGCUGCCCACUUUGUUGCACUUUGCUGCCAAGUAUGGACUGAAGAACCUCACUGCCUUGUUGCUCACCUGCCCAGGAGCCCUACAGGCCUAUAGUGUGGCCAACAAGCAUGGCCACUACCCCAACACCAUUGCUGAGAAGCACGGCUUCCGGGACCUGCGGCAGUUCAUCGACGAGUAUGUGGAAACUGUGGACAUGCUGAAGAGUCACAUUAAAGAGGAACUGAUGCAAGGGGAGGAGGCUGACUCUGUGUAUGAGUCCAUGGCCCACCUUUCCACAGACCUGCUCAUGAAGUGCUCCCUCAACCCCGGCUGUGACGAGGAGCUGUAUGAGUCCAUGGCGGCCUUUGUCCCAGCUGCCACCGAGGACCUCUAUGUUGAAAUGCUUCAGGCCAGUACAUCUAAUCCAAUCCCCGGAGAUGGUUUCUCUCGGACCACUAAGGAUUCUAUGAUCCGCAAGUUUUUAGAAGGCAACAGCAUGGGAAUGUCCAGUUUGGAGAGGGAGGUACACCAUCUCGGUCAGGAAAAAGAUGUUUAUCACACAGUGGAUGAUGAUGAGGCCUCUUCCGUGAACUUGGCCAACAGGCCCCCUGUCCCAGUGCCCAGGCCAGAGGCCAGUGCUUCUGGCACUCACCAGCUGUCUGACAAGGAACCAUACAUUUCUAAAGUUUUUGCAGGAAAAAGUCAAGAGCGGCCUGAGAAUUUCUACGUUACCUCAGAGAGCAUCAGGAAAGAGCCACCUGUCAGACCCUGGAGGGACGGGCCUCAGUCAAGCAUGUAUGACCCAUUUGCUGGGAUGAAAACUCCAGGUCAGCGGCAGCUUAUUACCCUCCAGGAGCAGGUGAAGCUGGGCAUCGUCAACGUGGAUGAAGCUGUGCUCCACUUCAAAGAGUGGCAGCUCAACCAGAAGAAGCGGUCUGAGUCCUUUCGUUUCCAGCAGGAAAAUCUUAAACGGCUAAGAGAUAGCAUCACCCGAAGACAGAGAGAAAAGCAAAAAUCCGGGAAGCAGACAGACUUGGAGAUCACAGUCCCAAUUCGGCACUCACAGCACCUGCCAGGGAAAGUGGAGUUUGGAGUCUAUGAGAGUGGCCCCAGGAAAAGCGUCUUUCCCGCAAGGACAGAGCUAAGACGAGGAGACUGGAAAACAGACAGUACCUCCAGCACAGCAAGCAGCGCGAGUAACCGAUCCAGCACCCGGAGCCUCCUCAGUGUGAGCAGCGGGAUGGAGGGGGACAACGAGGAUAAUGAAGCCCCCGAGGUUGCCAGAAGUCGUAGUCCAGGCCCCCUACCAGUGGACAGCACACCCAUCGUGCCCCUUGAGAGGCCCCCCAGGGUGCCACCCCGAGCCGCCUCACAGAGGCCUCUGACCAGGGAGACCUUCCAUCCUCCUCCACCUAUUCCACCCAGAGGUCGCUGA